AUGGGCUUGGUGCCACAGCUCUCGGAACCUGAAAAGCCCUUUAACUGGUUCCGCGAGUGCUACACUGAAGCAACCGUGCUGUUCUCAAGGCAGUCUACCCUUGAUGAUUUAGAUGGACCAGAAACUGUUCCUAAAACAAGUGAGCGUGCUCGACCUAGGCUUCGUAAAAUGUUCAGCAUGGAUAUGUCCUCCUCAUCAGCUGACAGUGGCAGUUUAGCAUCAAGCGAGCCCACGCAGUGCACCAUGCUGUACUCGCGCCAGGGGACCACGGAAACCAUAGCGGAGGUGGAGGCCGAGCAGGAUGACGAGGCGGUGGCCAAAGACGCCGACCAGGGAGGGGAGGAGGCCGCGGACUUGGGGCCGGAGGAGGCCUCGGAAGCCGGCCUCACCCCAGAUGCCGAGCUGCCGCACUACUCCACCGAGGAUGGGGACGUGGAGGCGCCUCCCUCCUACAGCAAGGCGGUCAGCUUCGAGCGCCUGUCCUUCUGCUCACGGGACGACUCUGCAGGCCAGAGCCACAUGGCCGUGAGCCCUGACGAGAGCCGCUCAGACAGGCUCGAGUCCAGCAUCUUACCGCCCCUGACUCACGAGCUGACGGCCAGUGAGCUGCUGCUGAACAAGAUGUUCCAUGAUGACGAGCUGGAAGAGUCCGAAAAAUUCUACGUUGGCCAACCCCGGUUCUUGCUGUUGUUCUAUGCCAUGUACAACACUCUGGUGGCCCGCUCAGAAAUGGUGUGUUAUUUUGGGAUCAUCCUCAACCACAUGGUCUCUGCUUCCAUGAUCACCCUUGUGCUUCCCAUUCUGAUCUUCCUCUGGGCCAUGCUGUCUGUGCCCAGGCCCAGUAGACGAUUCUGGAUGAUGGCCAUUGUCUACACAGAGGUGGCAAUUGUGGUCAAGUAUUUCUUCCAAUUUGGCUUCUUUCCCUGGAACAAGAACGUGGAAUUGAACAAAGAUAAACCUUUCCACCCACCGAAUAUCAUAGGAGUGGAGAAGAAAGAAGGCUAUGUCCUUUAUGAUCUCAUUCAGCUCUUGGCUCUUUUCUUCCAUCGGUCCAUUUUGAAGUGCCACGGCUUAUGGGAUGAAGAUGACAUCACCGACAGUGGCACAGACAAGGAAGAGUCGGAUGAUGAGUUGUCCCUCAGUCGUGGCAGGAGAGCCUCCUCUGAUUCUCUGAAAUCCAUCAACCUGGCCGCUUCAGCAGAGUCGGUGCACGUGUCCUUCCCGGAGCAGCCCACGGCCAUCCGGAGGAAGCGAUCGGGCAGUAGCUCCCAGAUAUCCCCCAGAUCCAGCUUUUCUUCCAAUAGGUCCAAAAGAGGCAGCACAAGCACCCGAAACAGCAGUCAAAAAGGAAGCAGUGUUUUGAGCAUCAAGCAGAAAAGUAAAAGGGAACUUUAUAUGGAAAAGCUUCAAGAACAUUUAAUCAAAGCAAAAGCAUUUACCAUAAAGAAGACUUUGCAAAUAUAUGUGCCCAUCAGACAGUUCUUCUACAACCUCAUCCAUCCAGACUACAGUGCUGUGACCGAUGUGUAUGUGCUCAUGUUCCUGGCUGACACUGUUGACUUUGUCAUCAUCGUCUUUGGCUUCUGGGCCUUUGGGAAACACUCAGCAGCAGCAGACAUCACCUCUUCGCUGUCAGAGGACCAAGUCCCUGGGCCUUUUUUGGUGAUGGUCCUAAUUCAGUUUGGAACCAUGGUCGUGGACCGAGCACUAUACCUCAGGAAGACCGUCCUGGGAAAGGUCAUUUUCCAGGUCAUUCUUGUGUUUGGAAUUCACUUCUGGAUGUUCUUCAUCUUGCCUGGUGUGACUGAGAGGAAAUUCAGCCAGAACCUGGUUGCUCAGCUUUGGUACUUUGUGAAAUGUGUUUACUUUGGGUUGUCUGCCUACCAAAUCCGUUGUGGCUACCCAACGCGAGUCCUUGGAAACUUCCUCACCAAGAGCUACAAUUAUGUCAACCUCUUCUUGUUUCAAGGGUUCCGCCUCGUUCCCUUUCUGACUGAGCUGAGGGCUGUGAUGGACUGGGUGUGGACAGACACGACCUUGAGCCUCUCCAGCUGGAUCUGUGUGGAGGACAUCUACGCUCACAUAUUCAUCCUGAAGUGUUGGCGGGAGUCUGAAAAAAGAUACCCGCAGCCCCGGGGGCAGAAGAAGAAGAAAGUGGUGAAGUAUGGCAUGGGAGGCAUGAUCAUCGUUCUGCUCAUCUGCAUUGUCUGGUUUCCCCUUCUCUUCAUGUCCUUGAUCAAAUCUGUGGCGGGGGUCAUCAACCAGCCCCUGGACGUCUCGGUCACAAUCACCCUGGGAGGGUACCAGCCUAUUUUCACAAUGAGUGCACAGCAAAGCCAGUUGAAAGUUAUGGAUCAGCCCAAGUUUAAUAAAUUUAUGAAAGCUUUUUCUAGGGACACUGGUGCUAUGCAAUUUCUGGAAAAUUAUGAGAAAGAAGACAUAACUGUAGCAGAACUGGAAGGAAACUCAAAUUCUUUGUGGACCAUCAGCCCUCCCAGUAAGCAGAAAAUGAUAAGCGAACUCACGGACCCCAAUAGUAGCUUCUCUGUUGUUUUUUCAUGGAGUAUUCAGAGAAACAUGAGUUUGGGUGCAAAGGCAGAAAUUGCAACCGAUAAGCUUUCUUUUCCUCUUAAAAAUACCACACGAGAACAUAUAGCUAAAAUGAUAGCCGGCAACAACACGGAAAGUUCAAGAACACCGGUGACUAUAGAAAAGAUCUACCCAUAUUACGUGAAAGCACCUAGUGAUUCGAAUUCAAAACCUAUAAAGCAACUUUUGUCUGAAAAUAACUUCAUGAAUAUCACCAUCAUUUUGUCCAGAGACAAUACAACUAAAUCUAACAGUGAGUGGUGGGUUCUCAACCUGACUGGAAACAGAAUAUACAAUCAGCACGCUCAGGCCUUGGAACUGGUGGUCUUCAAUGACAAAGUCAGCCCGCCCAGUCUGGGGUUCCUGGCUGGCUAUGGUAUCAUGGGAUUGUAUGCUUCGGUUGUCCUUGUGAUUGGGAAGUUUGUCCGUGAAUUCUUCAGUGGGAUUUCUCACUCCAUCAUGUUUGAAGAGCUUCCAAACGUGGACCGAAUUCUGAAGUUGUGCACAGAUAUUUUUUUAGUUCGAGAGACAGGGGAACUGGAACUCGAGGAAGAUCUCUAUGCCAAAUUAAUAUUCCUGUACCGCUCACCAGAAACCAUGAUCAAAUGGACUAGAGAAAAAACAAAUUGAUGCUUUAAGACACAGACUGCAGAUCAAAUUAACAUUUGAAUUAAAAAAAAAAGCACAAUAUGCUCAUAAGAGCUAAGCAUUUCUAGUUGGAUGGAAAUGGUUUCUCUUCUGACAGGUGGUCAAAAGGAGCUGACUUCCUUCUGCAGUCUAAGCUACCUUGUAAACGAAGGCGCUGUUGAAAAUGUUAUUUGUAAUUCCAUUUCUCCAAAAUCAGGGCUAUUUGUUUUAUGAUAUAGUCAACAGUGUCUUGCAUUCUGAUUGACGAUGCAAAGGAAUCAUUUAUGGGUCUCCUCCCUCAGAGAAACAGUAGAGAAGAAGGGAAAAGGAAAGUUGCCCAUGGUUUUCUGUGCGGAGCCCGCACACUUCCUGAAGAGAUGCUCUAGUUCAGUAGGCCGCACCCUGUUGCCAACGGGGAAGCUGCUGUGGGGAGAACAGAUGGGCCUCAGCAUGCCCCGAAAAUACGCAACAGCAAUAGGAGGCUGAAACUCCUGAAGAGAUUUCUGGGGUGGGGGGCGGGGAACAAGAGGGAGCCAAAGACCCAUGAAGAUACCAGUGGACGAACGAGCCUCAUUCUAAGCAAAAAGUUAACAUUAGUGACACUCUUACUGCCUUAUCUUAACUGAAGACUAGUAAAAAAAAAAAAAAAAAAAAAAUCUUUCCAUUAAACACCAGUGACUUCUCAGGAAAAAAGAAAAAAAAAAGCAGCAAAACAAAAAUGGGGACACCGGUUUUGUCGAGGCCCAGCAAAUGACUCGCUUCAGUGGUGGCUGUUAUGCUUCAGAGUUCUGCUCCUCCUCAGACACAGGCUCCAGGUAGAAGGAUGAAAAUGGCGCCCAGCUGGGUGUGGAAAUCUCUGACUCUGUAACUCUUUCCUAACUGAGGUCAUGAACGCCCUUCUACCUUUUUCCCCAUCCCUCAACACGCUUUUUCCCAUUUCGAUGAUUUAAGGCAAUGGUUUUUUCCAGUAUGUGACAUUUUCCUUCCUGUUUUUCAGGUAUAUCGAAGAGUUUACAUAUUCCAAUUCACAUUUUUACAUCUGAGACGGGUUUUUUAAGUUCAUAGUUAUGGAAGAAAUAUGUAUAUUGAGCUUGGGGAAAUAAAAAAAAAACGGCCUUUUCUUAAAUUAUUAUUAUUGGUAAUACAACCUCUUCAUUAAAUAACAAUGUAGCAUGAAAAUUUAUGAUUGAAAUGUAGUUUUCAUUCUGUAUUAAAAUACAGUUUCUGAGGAGUCAUUAAAUGGACUAGAACAUGUCCAAAAAAAUGAUCCUAUGUAGUCUGGGUUCAGGACUGACUUAAAAUAAAGCACAUCUUGCAAAGCCA